ACAACCACAUGACAGACCACACAAACCCUUUGAUAUUGAAAUGAAAGUUGUAACAUGCCUUUCAUGAUGUUGGUUUGACUUCCCUUCUACGAUCUCCAUUAACAACAAGACCCAUUCAAAGUCGCCCCCACGUUACCUUUUCUGCAUUAAUUUAGCCCCUGCCAUUUUCUCACAAAAUAAACCCCACUUUAAUCCAUCGACAUUCCACUUCUUGUGACUGUCUGUUGAUUGAUUGUCAAGAUCUUGUAAAUGAUAACAUAAAGUUAGUACCUUUACCUUUUGUUUUCAUGCUUUUUAGUUUAAAUCUUUUUAGGAAUUUUGUGCUGCAUUUGCAUUUGAAAUCUUUAAAGUUUGGAUUUUUAUUGAUGUUUAUGCUAAUAUCUUGAAGUUUGAGAUCUGGGGUUGCAUUACAUUUUGAUAGAUUUGGUGGUUUUACCAAGAUCUUGACUUUUUUUACUAUGUGGUUUGAAAUAUUGGGAAUUUAAGUACUAUUAGCAACGAUAUCGAAUCCUGUCAAAGAUGGUGUAUCGAAAUUUAAGUUGCUGAUCACUAAAUAAUCUUGAAUUUUGAGAUUUGGGGUUUUGAUUACAUUAGGGAUUUGUGUGGAUAUUGGAAGAUUUUGGUACUAAGUGAAGUUUUAUAGGGUUCUUGAGAUUUUAGUAUUUGUGGUUUAUGCUACAUUAUGAUAUUAGUGACUGGAAUUUAGUUUUGAAUUAAGAGUUUUGUUGAUUAGACAAGUUAGUAUCUUUUUAGAUGGCUUCAACAUCACCUUCCCCGAGUUCUUCACCCUCGUUGAUUCCUCCGGUGUCCUCAAACCCUACACCUGUUUCCCCGGCGUCUGAGCCCGAUCAGGCUACUGUGACACCACCACCUCCUGCUACUCCUGCAACUUCAGCUCCACCUUUACAGUUGCCUCCAUUGCCGGGGUCACCACCUCCAAUUACUUUGUCACCACCCCCACCAGAUGCUUCACCACCACCACCAGAUGCCUCCCCACCACCACCAGUAGUAGUAGUACCUGAUUCCCCUCCUCCAUCUGCACCUGCAGCACCACCACCAGCCUCACCCGUGUCAACUCCUCCGCCUUUACCACCUGCCACCGCUUCUCCUCCGGCUGCAAACUCACCACCUGCUACAGUUUUGUCUCCACCACCACCAUCAGUUGGUUCUCCCCCUCCACCUGACCCAAAUGCUUCUCCACCGUCUCCUACUGUACCUGACCCUUCUCCGCCUCCUGCAUCCGUUUCUCCUUCCCCACCACCUCCCGAAAAUGUUCCAUCACCACCAGUGUCUUCCUCUCCACCUCCACCACAAGCAAACCCCCCGGAAAAAUCCCCACCACAAGUAACACCCCCUGCACCCGCUCCCCCCUCAAACACCACCAUCACUCCUCCAACUUCAACAUCAUCACCUCCUCCUUUAGCAACUUCAACCAAUUCAUCCAUUCCCGGAACUCCACCUGAUUUACAGUUGCCAUCUGUACCCACUGAGAAGCCAACUGCACGAGCAACAGAUGCAAGCACUGCUGGUAGAGAAAAUGGUGCAUCUGGUGGAUCAAAUAAAGGUGCUGUAAUGGCAAUUGGCCUUGUUGUCGGUUUUUUUACACUCAGCCUCUUGGUGUUAGCAGUGUGGUUCAAACGAAGACAAAGAAGACGAAAUGGACGUUCUCAUGUUUAUAUUAUGCCUUCGCCAUCUGCUUCCUCCCAAAAGUCAGACUCGCAGUUUUUGAGGUCCCAACAGUCGGCCCACCCAUUAGCAGCUAGCCCUUCAUUAAGUAACUCCAUCUACUCACCGGAGCAUGGUGGUGUAGGAAACUCGAGGGCAUGGUUCACCUAUGAAGAAUUAAGUGAUGCCACAAAUGGAUUUUCAGGAAGUAAUCUUCUAGGUGAAGGUGGGUUUGGGUGUGUUUACAAGGGGAUGUUAGAAGAUGGGAGAGAAGUUGCAGUUAAACAGCUGAAAAUUGGUGGUGGACAGGGAGAGCGAGAAUUCAGAGCCGAAGUUGAGAUUAUUAGUCGAGUUCACCAUCGUCAUUUAGUUUCUCUUGUUGGUUAUUGCAUCUCCGAUCAUCAACGAUUACUUGUUUAUCAGUUUGUUUCAAAUGACACCCUUCAUUACCAUCUUCACGGCGAAGGCAGGCCGGUUAUGGACUGGCCGACCCGAAUUAAAGUCGCUGCUGGUGCAGCUCGUGGUUUAGCUUACUUGCAUGAAGAUUGUCAUCCACGAAUCAUUCACAGAGACAUUAAGUCAUCUAACAUUUUAUUGGAUGAAAACUUUGAUGCCCAGGUGGCAGAUUUUGGGCUUGCAAAGUUAGCAAUGGAUACAAAUACACAUAUCACAACUCGUGUCAUGGGAACCUUUGGUUAUAUGGCUCCAGAGUAUGCUUCAAGUGGAAAGUUGACAGAAAAAUCUGAUGUUUUCUCAUUCGGGGUAGUGGUCUUAGAGCUCAUCACUGGACGUAAGCCUGUUGAUGGAUCUCAACCUUUGGGCGAUGAAAGCCUGGUCGAAUGGGCUCGACCUUUGCUUAACAAGGCACUUGAAAAUGAGGAUUUUGAUGAAUUGGUAGACCCAAGGUUGGGAAAGAACUAUGUGCAGGUAGAAAUGUUUCGGAUGAUCGAAGCAGCUGCAGCUUGCAUACGCCAUUUAGCACCAAAGCGACCACGAAUGAGUCAGGUGGUAAGAGCUCUAGAUUCUAUUGUCGAGUUCACGACAGAUCUUUCAAAUGGCAUGAAACCAGGACAGAGCGAAAUUUUUGACUCAAGAGAACAGUCUGCACAAAUUAAAUUGUUCCAAAGGAUGGCGUUUGGUAGUCAAGACUACAGUUCUGAAUUCUAUAAUAAUACUCAAAGCAGCUGGAGGAGUUGAGGAAACAUAGAAACUGAUAUCUUAGUGACAUUAUUUUCUAUGCACUGCCAGUAUAAAUAUGAUACAAUUACAAACUUAGAUAGUACAACCCGAGUUCCUGAGAUACUUUCGUGAUCAAAGAGCUGUUUGUGCAUUCUUUUUGCACUGUCAGUGUAUAGAAAAUUGACUAUUUCAGCAUGGUGGUUGCCAUCUUGGUCAUUCUUUUUGGGAAAUUUUGUGCCAAGUUUUCCAUGUAAAUUUUGUUAACAAUGUAAGAAUCAUUUCUCUUCUGCUUUUGAUUUGUAUUUGCGAUCUUUCAGUG